AUGAGACUAAAAGCCUUUAGACAAUUUAUCAGCAAUUUCGACAUUUAUGGACAUCAAAUAAAGCUCUUAUACAAGGGGGAGGAUACAAGAAAAUCACUUUUUGGUGGUGUUUUAAGUUUGCUUUCCAUCGGUCUCAUGUUUUGGUACUUUUUCUUAUAAAUUUAAGAUAUCGCUUAAAACAAAACAAGUAUCAAAUAAGCUCAAAAUCCAUUUACCAUAGCAAAAUCAGAUAUCACUAUUGAUAAAACAAACUUCGACAUGGCUUUCUUUAUUAACACUAAGAGCAAUAUGAGUUUGGAACAAAUCUCAACAUAUGUUAACUUCAAUGUGCACUAUAUAAGUGAGGAUUUUGUAAUAAAUGAUCGUGGUGAUCUCAUAUUUAGUGAAUCAGAGGAAACAAUGAAAAUGGAUUUGUGUCCUCAAGAUAGAAUGUUUAAUAGUCCUAUAUAUAGAAAUUAUGCGAAAGCAUUUAGGUAAAAAAACGGAAUAUUGAUUUGCUAGUCCUAAGAUUAAUAGUUUAAGCCUAAAGGAAGAGAAAACUGGAUAAAAUUUCAUAUCGAUGAAUGCGAUCAGAAGUUUCUAGAUGUUAAAUAUCCUGGAAAAAAAUGUGUUAUUAAUGAAACUAUUCUCACAGACUUUCUUGAAAAUACGAGUGUCUAUACUAUUACGGCAUCAUCAUAAUUUGACUUCGAAGAAUUUGAAAAUGAUCCAGUAAAAAUUAAUAUCAAUGUAGAUGAAUACUAGCUCUCAUUUUCAAGUCAAUAUGAUGUUACUUAUGAAAUCUUAUUCAACAAGGCUGAGUGGACAGAUAAUAAGCUUCAUGAAUAAUUUGAUUAGCAAGAAAAAUCAUUCAUCAGCUCAGAGUUUACCUCUUCAAUACUGUUUGAUAGAGAUACAGCUAAUUAGACUUACUUCAAUGUAGAAUUCGGAGUGUUGAAUGAGUAAAAUAUGAUUGAGAGACAAGCUAAUAAUGUAGUAUAGGCUUUAUCAAACGUUGGAGGUCUUGCAGGGAUAAUAUUUGGAUUUGUCGCCUUUAUAAUAGCUCCUCUGUAGGAAUUUUUAUUCUAUUAGAGUUUACUUAAAAAAGCAUUCCUAGUUGAAAAAAGUAAAAUAGAUUAAGAGGAAAGUAAAUAAGAAAAAUUAUAGAAGAGAAGUAGGAAUGAGGAUAAGUAUGAUGAAGAAGAUAAUCUUAAAAAAAGGAUUUAGAGAUAUAAAACAAUAGAUAACUCUGAUUUUAAUACAUAUUUAAGAUUAAUAAGAAAGCUAAGAGAUAGAGUUCCAUUUUUUUACUCAAUCAAAACUGCAAUUAAGCAGAAGUUUUAGCAAUUAUUCCGCUGCAAGAAGCAAAGAUUCUAACUGGAGUUAUUUGAGUUAGGCAAGGAUAUGAUUGAAAAGUAGUUUGAUAUUGCCAAUAUUUUGAAAGAUCUUAGAUCAUUUAAGAUGAUCAAUAGUCUAUUACUUUCCAAAUUCUAAAGAAAACUUAUCCCUAAUUUUAAAAAGUAUUUGUUGACUAAGAAACUAAGCCUUUUGAAACAAAAGGAGAAAGAAACUUAGAAGAAUUAAUAAUAACAUUUGAAAAAUAAACUUGAUGAAAAUUCGAAUACAGUAACAUAAUUGAUGAUUGAACUUUUUGGAAAUAAUAAAGAUCCAUAGAAUACUUAUAAUUCGGUAUUAGUAAAAAGGAUAUUUAGAGGAAACGAUAAAAUUAAUAAAAAUUUAAGAACUUAACUGUAUACUGGACUUCUUAGAAAAUUCAUUUAACUUAAUAUCCAGAAGGAAUUUGAAAAGUAAUAAUAGCUUGGUCCAUUGAAUUAGCAAACCAUUUCCUAUGGUGUUGAGAUUAAUGAUAAUCAAGCUGAUGAAAACUGGAACAACAAAGGGGAAUCGUAGUAUCAGUCAAAAGAGAAUUAUCCUUUUGAUAAAAGUAUCAGUGAUGUUCAGAUUGAAGAUGAUGUGAACGUUAUAGAUGAAGGUAUUAAUCCUACAGUUAGAAUUCAUUCUAGUCCUAUUAGGAUAUUACAAGAAGAAAAAGCUAUUGAUUAAAAUAAAAUUUGA